AUGGCACAAGACGCCUCCUUCAACGUAGCCCAGACCAGCGCCGUCAUCGCCCUCGCCACCGACAGCCUCCUCCCGCCCAACCCGCGGCUCGACAAUGCGCUGACCAACUCGGCCACGCACGGCCUGCGGCCGAUCCAGGUGACGCCGCUCGCGGGCCAGCUGCUGGCGAUCCAGGCGCAGCUGGUGGGCGCCAAGUCGGUGCUCGAGAUUGGCGUGCUGGGCGGCUACUCGACCAUCUGGUUCGCCGAGGCGGGCGCGCGGGUCACGGGCAUCGAGAUCGACGCGCGCCACCGCGACAUCGCGCUCGAGAACGUCAAGGGGCUUGAUGUUGACAUCCUGCUCGGCGACGCCCUCGAAGUCCUCCCCCGCCUCGCUGCUGAGCGCCGCGUCUUCGACUUCGUCUUCAUCGACGCCAGCUGGGAGACCCAGUGGGAGUACUUUGACUGGGCCGUCAAGCUGACGCGCCCCCGCGGCGCCAUCUACGUCGAUAAUGUUGUUCGCGCGCUGGUCGAGAAUGAGACGCUGGACAAGACCAAGGAGUCGCUUGUUACCAGGGUCGGGAGGGACGAACGGGUCCGCGCUACGCUGGUCCCGACUGUCUUUCAGCAGAAGAGCGCGGAGAAUGAGGUCGACGGGUUCUUGCUGGCCAUUGUCAACUGA